AAUCCACUUGUUCUAAAAUUCUUACGUAUGACAGUAUAAACCUUCAUGUCAAGAAGGAUUUAGGUUUUGAUGCUGUUAUCGGUUGCAACAUUGGAAAUCCGCAGCAACUAUUGCAACAGCCAAUCACAUUUUUUCGUCAAGUCGCAUCUUUAAUUGAAUAUCCAGACCUCUUGCUAUCCGAAAAUAAAGAACACGUAAAAGCACUCUAUUCUCCUGACGCCAUCGAGUGCACUGGUGCAAACCACACCUGA